CAAUGGGGUGAGACCACGAUCGCAAUGGCGGUGUGGCCAGCCAGUUUGUGAUAUCCAACAGAUAGGCACUAGUUUUCAUAAGAGAAGUUUCCACUGUUGUUGACAAUUGUUUGAGGACUUUUACCACUGUUAUUUUUUACGAUUUUUGUUGAACAUGUAUCACUGUGGACUGCUACUGGUCCUCUUGAAUCUCUCCUCAGACGUGGGUGGAAGUGUCUCUCAAGCGGAGGUAGACAGACAUCUGGAACAGGGGAGAGAAUUUCUCGCCAGGGGACAACUCCAGGAUGCGUUGACAGAGUAUCAUGCAGCUGUUCGCGGUGAUCCCGACAACUACCUGACAUACUACAAACGCGGCGCAGUGUUCCUAGCCCUGAGUAAAUCGAAACAAGCCCUCCAAGACUUCGACAAAGUUCUCCAGUUGAAAUCUGACUUCACAGCGGCUCGUCUUCAGAGGGCGAAGGUCCUCUGGAAGCAGGCAGAUUUCGUCAAGGCCGAGCAGGAGUACCUGAAUGUCCUGAGGAUAGACCCGGACAAUGCAGAGGCCUCGACAGCCCUCCAAGACAUGGAGCCUCUGAAGAUGAAGUACUCAAACGCGAAAUUGUUGAUGGACGAAGGCUACUAUACAGACGCAGUUCAGCUGCUGACUCAGACGAUUGAGUUCUCACCCUGGUCUCCAGAGCUUCGAGAACACAGGGCAGACUGUCACGUGGCAAUGGAGAAUUAUUUGAGUGCUAUUCCCGACAUGAGAGCAUCUACCAAGCUCCUCCCAGACAACACACUGGGGUAUUUCAAACUCUCAACGACACUUUAUCAACUGGGAAUGGUCGAUGAGUCCCUGAAGGAGAUUCGAGAAUGUUUAAAAUUGGAUCCAGAGCACAAAUCGUGUCUCCCCUUCUACAGGAAACUGAAGAAGGUCUCGAAGAAAUUGAACGAAGCUCGUGACGCCGAGGAGUCUCGUGAUUUUUCCACUUGUCUGUCCUCGGCCUUUUCGGUCUUGGAUCUGGAGCCCAGCGUUGAUCACGUCCGCUUUCUGGCUCACCACUUCCUCUGCAAACACGCUGCAAACAGCGAGGACUCAGACCUCGCCAUUAAGCACUGCCAGGAAGCCGUGAAAAUCAGACGAGAGCCCGGAAUUCUCUGCGACAGUGCUGAGGCAUAUCUCAACGCUGAGAUGUUCGAUGAUGCCAUCAGGGACGCCAAGGAAGCCCUGGAGAUGGACGAAGGCUUCCAGAGGGCGAAGGAACUCCUUCAGAAGGCACAGCAGGAUCAAAAGAGGUCGGAACGACGGGAUUACUACAAAAUUCUUGGGGUUACCAAGACAGCUACCAAACAGGAGAUCACCAAGGCUUACAGGAAAGCAGCCCAAAAGUGGCAUCCUGAUAAUUUCAAGGAUGGCGCUGAGAAGAAAAAGGCCGAGAAGAAGUUCAUCGAUAUUGCUGCUGCCAAAGAGGUCCUCACCGAUGAGGAGAAGAGGCGACAGUUCGACAGGGGAGAGGAUCCACUGGAUCCUGAGAGUGGUAAACACUCUGGUUACAACCCCUUCCAGGAAUUCCAUCGAUUCCACGGUUCACCUUUUCAGUUUAAGUUCCAAUUCAAUUAAAUUUUUAAUUGUGGAACAGAAAAAAAAAUUCUUGUUUCCAGAAUUUUUCUUUAAAAAAUUUUUCACUUGAGGAAUUUUCGAGAAAAACGGAGAAACAAUUCUAGUCGUCGGAUGUUCGUCAGGAAGUUCAGGAACAAUUUCACUAGAAUGAAGACAUUUUGUGGCUCUGGAAUUUUUAGUAGAAGAACUCAAUCGAGUGGGUCUGAGUUUCAGAAUUUUUCGCACAGAAAAAUCAUAGUUUUCUGGUUAUUAAAUUUUACUGAUCAACUUUUCAUUGUCAACAUGCCUUCUGGAUUAGUCUUGGGAUUCCGGAAAGUGGAAACGUUUUUUUUUUCUGUACAUGAAAUGAAUUUAUGAUGGAGAUCUUGAAGAAAAGAGAUCUUUUGUAAAUAUGUCUUCGAUCGUUAUUCUGGGGAGAAUUUUUAGAGGGAGAAUCGAUGAAAUGAUUUCUCUACACGAAGAUAACUCGUGAUCGUAAUCCCUUCAACUUCAUCCCAUGAUUUAUUUAACCCACCCCUCCAGACACAAAUUAAAUAAAUAAAUAACGAUUAUAUUUUUUCAAUCAUGGCAUUAUAUCUCUCAACAACUCCUCAUCAAAAUAAUCACGAGUGGAUAAAUCAUUUCACCAUUCGACGAUUAAAUUUGAAAAUACUUGAUCUGUAAAAUUGUAUUGCAAUAUUUUCAAAUUGUAGAUCGGUUUUCGUGAUCAAACGGUGUCAUAUAGUUUAUCAGAUAAAUUCCCUCAAAUUCUCUCCUCGACGAAACGCUCUUUUUGCAAUUUGUAUAUUUCUGGAAAAAUUUCAAAUUCUAGUUUCCCCUAGAAAUUAAUAGUAAAUACUAUUAUUAUUGAGAUACUGCUGAAUUGUACAGAACUGUAAUAUUCUCUACCCCCUCGCCCCCCCCCCCCCCCAAUUUAUUGAGUACUAGAAUCUUCCGUGAAGGUCAGUGGAUAUCAAUCCAGGGAGACUGGAGUGCUAGGGAAAGGACCACAAAAGGUCUCACUAAAUCAAUUGCUUCUUAUAUUUAUACCAAGUACGAGUGAUGUUUUUGUAUGACUGAUUCGAAUGAUUAUUUCAUGUAUAUAUGAAUAAAUAUGAAAAGCUGUAUCUUGUGACCUUUGUAUAGAAAUAUAUGAAAAUCAUUUAUACAAA